CCUGCUGUCCUGCGGAGACGAUCUUUGACAGCAGCAGCAGCAGCAGACAUGGCGGACGUCGCGACCAAACGUGAACUUUCCAGCGCUGAGACCGAGGCGGCAUCGCGGGAAGCCAAGAGGGCGAAAGCCGACGACAAGAACGGAGAAGAGGGUGGAGAUGAAGCCGAAUGGGAAAAUGUUCUGUCUACGUUCACAGCAUCCAGGGUGCUGAGUGAUUCUGCCCGGGAGAAAAUCAUGUUCCUCCAUGGAAAGAUUGCUGACGAUGAUGCCGUGGUGGUCCUGGAGAAGACCCCCAUCAGAGAAGACUCCCUGGCUGAGCUCUUCAGAGGCUCCAAGCUCAGGCUGGAGAUGAAGAACGACAUCUACAGCUCCUAUCGCCUCCAGGCCCCCCCUCACCUCAAUGAGAUCAAGACCACGGUGGUGUGUCCGGCCACAGAGAAGCACGUGAAGAAGUACCAGCGGCAGGAGAGUUUCCUGGUGGAGGAGACGGGGGAGGACUACCGCGCCGUCACGCUGCCCUACGUUCAGGAGCAGAGUCUGAGCCUGCAGUGGGUCUACAACAUCCUGGAGAAGAAGGCAGAGGCGGACAGGAUAGUAUACGACGAUCCAGACCCAGAGCUUGGCUUUGUCCUGCUUCCUGAUUUAAAGUGGGACCAAAAGCAGGUCGAUGACCUCUACCUGAUCGCUAUAGCUCGUCAGAAGGACAUCAAGAGUCUGCGGGACUUGUCAUCGGAGCAUCUCCCGCUGCUGCAGAACAUCUUCCAGAAGGGAAAGGAAGCCGUCCUGCAGCGCUACAAGCUUCCAGCCAGCAAGCUGAGGGUCUACCUGCACUACCAGCCCUCCUACUACCACCUUCACGUCCACUUCACCAAGCUGGGCUACGAUGCGCCGGGCUGCGGCGUGGAGCGAGCCCACCUCCUGUCAGACGUCAUCCAAAACCUGCAGAGCGACCCGCAGUUCUACAGAAGCCGGACUCUGUACUUCCCCCUGAGGGCGGACGACGGGCUGCUCGGCAGGUUCAAGGAGGCCGGGAGGCUCUGAGAGAGCCGGCGCGCCCGGUUCAGGUGCCGGAGCGCAUCCCGGGAUUCUGCAGAGAAGCCGAGGUGACUGAGUGCAGACGGAUUGAAAUAGUAGCCUUCUCCAGAUUCCUGUAGUUUUUUUUUUUGUUUG